AGGUUUGGGGACACAAAGAAUGGGGGGUUUUUAAGAGAGAGAGAGAAGGGUCAUUGCUUCCCGCGUUUUCCAUCUUCAAUACCUCAUUUUUCUCAUGCGUGCAAGCCAUUCUCAAAUCUCAAACCCACCCACAUUUCUUGGCUAUUGACAGCUAUAUUUCUCUUUAAGAUUCUGCAUUCCCCUUCCACCUCAAGUUCUUUCCUUUAUCUCACUUUUUCUCUCAUAUUUUACACAACAACAAACAGAACAAAAAAAUACCCAUCCAAAUUAGCGCGAUCGAUUUUCAUUGUCGUUGUCCGGGAUUCGUUAUCUUCUUCAAUCGCUUUCAAAGAUCAUUUCAAUUGAAGCAAUGGGAGGCCAUAUGAGCAAGAAGACCCCUGAAACUUCGUCUGCUAUUAACCUCAGUACCGAAUUGCACUACAAGAAUGAGCUGAGUUCGUAUGAAGCUGCAUGUAAGGUUGAUACUGAUUUGCAGUCCUUUGACACCACACUUCAAGCUCGAACAAAUCAGGUUAUCAAUACCCUUGCUGUUGGUGUUGAAGUUCGAGCCCUUUCAUUUGAUUCUCUAAAACAAGUCACCGAAUGUCUUCUAGAGAUGAAUCAGGAAGUUGUCAAGGUAAUCUUGGAUUGCAAGAAAGAUAUAUGGAAGAGCCAAGAACUGUUUGAACUUGUUGAGGAAUACUUUGAGAACAGUUUGCAAACUCUAGAUUUCUGCACUGCAUUGGAGAAGUGCUUAAAGAGAACUCGGGAUAGCCAGUUGCUUAUCCUUGUGGCUAUUCAACAGUUUGAGGAAGAAUCAGAGUUGGGAGACAAUCGAUAUGUGAGGACAUUACAAGAAUUGAAGAAUUUCAAGUCAGCUGGUGACCCUUUCACUGAAGAAUUCUUCCAAAUCUUUCAAUCUGUUUAUAAGCAGCAGAUGCUCAUGCUUGAGAAGUUGCAACUUAGGAAGAACAAGCUUGAUAAGAAACUGAAAUACAUCCAUUCUUGGAGGAAGGUAUCAAGUAUGAUAUUUGUAGCUACAUUUGCUGCUGUUUUGAUAUGCUCAGUUGUAGCAGCAGCUAUUGCAGCUCCACCUGUUGCUGCUGCUAUAGCUGCUGCUACCUCAAUCCCAAUUGGUUCAAUGGGAAAGUGGAUUGAUUCCCUUUGGAGGAACUAUGAAAAUGCAUUGAAAGGACAGAAGGAAGUAAUAAGCUCAAUGCAGGCUGGUACAUAUGUUGCUAUAAAGGACUUGGACAAUAUCCGUGUUCUCAUUGAUCGUUUGGAAAUUGAGAUUGAAUCCCUAUUGCAUACUGUGGAUUUUGCCAUUGAAGAAGAAGCUGUGAAGGUUGCCAUAGAGGAAAUCAAAAAGAAGCUGGGAUUGUUUAUGAAGAAUGUUGAAGAUUUAGGAGUUCAAGCUGAUAUGUGUAGCCGUGACAUUAGGAGGGCAAGGACUGUUGUUCUGCAGAGAAUCAUAAAGCAUCCCCACAAUUGAAAGACAGUCUUAUUUCUUUGCCACCCUGUAACUGUUUAAUUGUUGGAGAAUAUUUUUUCAUAAUUUUAAUUUUUUUUAAUAUGUAUUUUUUUUUUUAAUUUUACCUAGAUUAACU